AUGGCUUCACACGCAGAGCCGUCUUUCCGCGACGCCUCACCUCCUCCCUCAUCCUCUUCGAGCUCCGCCGAUCUUCUCGACACCCGAGACGAUGAAGGCUGGGAAGACGCGAACCCCGACGACGACACCGAGAACAUACAGGUCAAAAGCUUCUUCGAUGAUACCUACUUUACGGACGUGAGGUUCAUGAUAAACGCGUGCAAGAUAAGGUACAACUUCGAUUUUCUCGCCGUACUGAGGAGCUUUGACCUUGACUUCUAUGGUCGCAUCAAGCUGGUUAACUAUAUCCGCGCCGAAGUACAAGCCGGCAACACGAAACCCGACCUGUCCUCUAAGUCCCUCUUCGAGGACGACAAAUACCUCCAGCCUGUGCUAGAGGACGACGCCCUCCUCUUCUGCCUCGACGAUCUUAUCGACGAGCUCGAAGGACCUCCACAGACAUCUGUCAUAGGAGGAAGGGGCAAGGCACUGUUCGCCAGCGAGCAAAACCCCUUAGUCCGCAUCAGCGAAUUAGAAUCGCAGUUGGAGCGGAUGCGGAUACAAUUCGCGGAAUACAGAGAGACCGUCUCGAAGACGCUCGAACAGCGGUGGGAAGACUCGCCGACUGCGCCAACCUCCGCAACCGCCGGCCCCUCGACUACAUCCAGCAACGGCACCGCGAACCGUGCAACGAAGAGGACAGAAGCUGAAGAUGCGUCGUACUUCCAGUCCUACAGCUACAACGAGAUCCACGAGACAAUGCUCAAAGACACCAUCCGCACAGACGCGUAUCGCGACUUCAUCUACGAGCACAAGCACCUGUUUCAAGACAAAGUAGUCCUCGACGUCGGGUGUGGGACGGGAAUCCUCUCAAUGUUCUGCGCCAAAGCGGGCGCGAAGAAGGUGAUUGCGGUCGAUAACAGCGCCAUCAUCGACAAGUGCCGCGCUAAUGUCUUCACGAAUGGGUUUGGGGACGUGAUAACGUGCUUGAAGGGGAAGAUCGAGGAGGUGGUUUUGCCGGUUGAGAAGGUCGAUGUGAUUGUAUCGGAGUGGAUGGGGUACUGCCUUCUUUACGAGGCUAUGCUUGCGUCUGUGCUGUAUGCGCGGGAUAAGUAUCUCAGACAGGGAGGGUUGAUGGUACCGAGUCACUGCACGCUCAGGAUUGCGCCGAUAGUCGAUCAGGCAUAUAUUGCGGACUCGGUGGAUUUCUGGACGGAUGUGUACGGGUUCGACAUGAAGGCAAUGAGCGAAGGCAUGCUCGAGGACGUGCUAGUCAGGCAGCUAAAAGCGGAGAACCUUGCCGCGGAUGCAGUGACAUUUAAGACACUGAAUUUGCAUGAGAUCAAGACGGAUGAGCUGGACUUCACGAGCGAAUUUGAGCUAGUGGCCGCCAGACACGAAGACGAAGAGUUGGACGGCUGGUGUAUCUGGUUCGACACUUUCUUCCUGUUGUCAUCAAGCAGUGCUCUUCCCGCUGAUGCAGUGGCCGAGACGUGGAAAGGGGAAGGCAAUGCAUUCACAACGGGACCAGGCGGGAAGCAGACGCAUUGGCAGAGUGGAGUUCUGAUGAUCGACAAGGCGAAGAACGGGGGCACGUUCUUGAAGAAGGGUGUGAGACUUGAGGGAAGAGUCACAUACCAGCAGGACGAGGGCUACUCGAGAGGGCUGAAGAUUGCGGCGGAAUGGGCUGAAGAAGGAGGCAAGAGCAGGAAGGGACAGUCUUGGUUAUUGAGUUAA